AUGGUGGUGAAUGCGAACGUCUUGGUAUCGCCGUGGCGAUGCGAGGUUUCGUCCGUUGACGAACCCCGUCCUCACUCUGCUACAACAACAGCCCGCCAAUCGAUAAUAACGGACCCACGUUACUCGAAGGAAAUCUUCGAAACUUGCUCCCUCUCAGUCAAGUUCGGCAACUCCUAUCCCAACACGCUCGAGUCCGCGUUCGCAACUUCAAUGUCGAACAAGAAAUCCGGUGUCCAAGAGAAUACUUCCCCUGACUCUCUGAUUGGCGAGAAGAGUCGCAGAGGUCGUCUCUCUGCCCUAUUUGGUCGUGAACCAGAGGCGUCUGACGAUACUGUUCAGGACUCGACUGCCGCAAAGGAGGUAGAGUCAAUCAAAGACGGCUUGGAUAAUCCAGUUGAGCAAGACUAUAAGCUUCAGCAGCCUGUUUUCACUCAAAAGAGCGACCACAACAACGAAAUGGCUCAAGAUUCGAAAUCUCCAAACGUCGCCGCUCACCACGCCUAUACUUCCGCUGCCAAUACGACUGCCGCCACCGACUUCGCUGAUAUCUCCCAGUCCAUAGCUACCGCCGAAGUGUCAGAGGAUGAAACGGCAGCGAGCCAGAAUUCCGACAAUCAUUCCGCUGUUGACGAUGUCAACCCGCAAACCACUUCAAAUCUCUUGACCCCGAGUCGGGCCAUGAAGCUGCCUAUUCGUCGUCACAAGAAAUCCUCGAGCUCCUUCAAGAUAGUUGAUAGAGAGACUGCAGAUGCCGUUCUUCUCCCGGCUUCGACUUACAGUCACUGGUCAAACAAAAACCACGACAGUAUCCACAGCAAGAAGCAUGCUGAUGCGAACGGCGGUACACAGACGGGUCAAUUUGAUCAGCAGUAUAAGGUCGAUCGUAAGAAUGACGAAGAGAUCCAACCCCCCCAGUCGACCUCUUACACUGCCAUCAGUUCCUCCGACAGUACUCACGUUAGAGCCUCUCACUACAGCAAGGUCACCGCCGAGGAUCCUCAUCUGCUGCCGUCGAUCUCGUACAGCGUUCCCGCAGCUUCACGAAACAAACCCAUUCUGGUUGAUGAAGGCCUUCUGUCUUCCACCUCUUAUAUUGAAUCUGACCCUACUCGGAGUAUCUCCCACGCUGAGGAGAUGCCUGUUGAAGGAAAUCGCCUCCUCUCUUCAACCUCCUACACUGACUUCGCUCCCUUGCAUGGCGUUCUCAAGGCUCCGAACUCCGAUAAGACUUUGGCUGACAAGAAGGUCCGCUUUGCUGUUGCUUCUUCUAGCAAGACCUUCAAGGAUGAAGACAACGAUAAAGACUCAGACGAUUCCGACAGUACCAUUAAGCUGGGCGUUGGUGGCACGAAGGCGGCUCUCGAGUCUAUUCUGUCUCCUGUCCUCUGGGACAAAGGAUCUGAGCCCAAGAUAUGGCUUAAGGAUGGCAAGCCUACGCUCUUCCAGCCCAAGAAAGAGCCUGACUACUACACCAACCCUCUCUGGUCUCGCCAAUAUCCCGAGAUCCUCUCCAACAAUCCGCCUGUUAGCCCCCAAACUUCAGAUUGCGCUAAGAGCACUACCUCCACGGACGGCAGUCGGCACUCCAAGACCCCUACCGCCAGUUCGGACACUAACUUCAACAUGGGUACCAACCUCCACAUGAACACCGGCUCCUACACGGAUAUGAGCUUCGACACCGGCACCCCGGCGCCCCAAACUGCGUUCACAAGAAUCUCUGGAGGCACAAACACGUUGCCAACCCCUACCAAUCAGACUUUCGUUGGCAGAGGCUUUCCAGAGCAAAGGAACACCCCGACUAGCUUUGCCCUGACUCCUCGCUAUAGAGCACAGGUUAAACUUGAAGUUGGCGGUCGUCGCUUCGUAUCCACGUUCGAGGUACUCGCGAAGAGCCCCUGGUUCAGACACCUCUUCUCUGUUGACUUCCGCAAUUGGUACCACGACGGCGUCUUUCACAUUGACAACGAUGGUGAUCUAUUCGCCCACGUCCUUCGAUACUUGCGAACCGAUCUUUACCCGCUCUUCUGGGACUCGAACAAUGGCUUUGACUACGCCAUGUACGCGAUGAUCCGGCAGCAGGCUCAUCACUACAUGCUCUACGACCUUGAGACUUGGAUUCUGGCUCAGAAGUUCCACGACGUGGUGGAGACCCAAGUAGUUCACCAGAAGGUGAUCGUCCCUCAUGAUCAGGCGUGGAAUCAUGAACACCGCCUGAUGGGAAAUCACUCUUACGUGAUCUCCGGCGUCGCCGACCACGUGAACCCCGAAACCAACCUCCAACGAAAUGCCCAGAAUGCUGCUGCAGGCUAUUGCCAGAGCGAUAACGGCGAGAACUCUGGAUCCAAGGGCAAGGCGAGGGACGUUGCCGCUCUGGAUUUGGAAAGCGGCGGUGCAGUUGCGCUGUUCAUCACCGAGAAGAUGGUCAAGGUUGACAUGGAUCAGCUUCGUCGUUUCUAG